UACGGAACAUAAAGUGCUAAAUCCGAUUGUUCAAUAACCAACAAUAUAUUGAGCAUUUUGAUUUGAAAGAAAGAAAAUCCGUGAUCGCGAAAGCGUUAUCGCUUCGUUGAUUUUUAGCUUAGGUGGACAAGUCGCAUUGCUGGCUCAUUGUCUGUUUCCUUGUUGUCGUCGAAUGAGGAUCUUUAUCACCGCGCAAGUAUCAAAAACACUCAUUUCUGUCGAAAUUCGCUUACAUCUUCUCAACCCUUACUAACAGCAACAGUGAGCAAGACUUAUUCUUUCACCUAGCAUCGUGUCAGACAGUUGUUGAUUUUUCUCCUGACACACCCGAAGGACAAGAUGAUUCGAGUUGAUAGCGUAGAUUUAGAACCACUCGAAGAAGGGGAUGCUCUGCUUCUCCCGAAACCAGAAGAGGAUGCGAAAAUCAAAACUGAUUCUAAAAUUGAGGAUCAUUAUUACAUUUUGGAAGAGCUUGGAAAAGGUAAGUUUGGCGUUGUAAAAAAGUGCCAAGAUAAAGAAACAGGUGCAACGUAUGCUGCCAAAUAUGUAAAGAAAACAAAGCAAUCGAAGAUAGAUGUUACUCAAGAAAUAAUGAUGAUGGGCAAACUGCAUCAUAAAGGCCUAGUCAGGUUGAUUAAUUCAUUCGAGACACCACAGUUUAUGCUUCUUGUUAUGGAGCUGAUCACUGGCGGAGAAUUAUUUGAAAAGGUUGUUGAGGAAGACAAUCUGACUGAGAGACAAGUGGUUAGGUAUCUGAGGCAAAUUCUAUACGCAGUGCAACACAUGCAUCGAUAUAACAUGGUUCAUUUGGAUCUGAAGCCUGAAAAUAUACUGUGUGUUGGAGGUGACCCACCAGGGUAUGAAAAACUAAAGCUGAUAGAUUUUGGCAUGGCCCGUAUUUUAGAGAAGGGAAAAAAAGAAAUAGCUGCUUGUGGUACUGCUGAGUUCGUUGCUCCAGAAGUUCUUCGGUUGGAUCCAGUCACGUUGGCCGUAGACAUGUGGUCCCUGGGUUCGAUCACAUACGUGCUUCUCAGUGGCUUGUCCCCCUUUCUUGGUGACAGCGACAGCGAAACACUGAUGAACGUCUCCAAUGGAGAAUAUGAUUUUGAUGACGGUGAAGGGAUCUUUGAUCAAAUUUCAGAUGGUGCGAAGCAGUUUAUUGAGCAAUUACUUGUCAUGGAUGUCGAGAAAAGAAACACUGUUGAUGAUUGCUUGGAACAUGAAUGGUGCAAGAGAGCACAGGAGAAAAAGCUGAAGACUGAUAAGCUGAAGAAGUUUAUUGCACGAAGGCGUUGGCAGCGAACAACAACCGCUUUGAAGGCAGUUCAGCGACUUGCGCACUUAAACUUGCACAAUUCCUCAAGUGGAAAAUCGAAUGGUUUGCUUAGUCAGUUGGCCAACGCCCGUAAGAAUGGAUCUGCCAGCAGCGAAGAAUCUGAUGAUGCGAACGCAAAGUCCGAUAAAGAUAUCAAUGGUAAUGGUGCCUCAUCUGGAGAAGAAGCUCCAAACAGCAAGACCUCAAAUGGGAGUCAAGACAUCGAGCCAAAGGAGAAAACAAGUGUUAAAAUUAGCAUAAAUGGUUCAGUUAAAAUUUGAGCUUGAUGCACUGAGCUUAUCUUCUUACAUCAGGAGUCGAGUUUUGAAAACAUCGAUAUCAGCAUGAUGAUCUUGGCAGUGAUUUUGGACGAUCGAGAAGAAUCUUCAAUUAUUUGCCGUGCUUUGGUGAAAGCUGACAUAAAGAUGUUUAUGCAUUCAACAUAAAAGCAGGACCAUGUUUUCUGUACUUAUAGACCAGGGUUUGUUUUCAUUCGUUGCUUGGUAAAGAUUUAUAGAUGAUUCAGUAUACUCGAUUUUCUAACUUUUAUACACAGGACCGUAACUUCUAUUGUUUUUAGGGGGAAUCGUAUCCUUCCGAAAGUUAUAAAAAUCCUUUGCUUCCAAUAAGCAAUCGCUUUGGUUCAAUUGCUAGUAGGGAAUCCCUCUGAUAACUCUAUACUUUCUACGGUACUGAUACAUAAACAUAAAAGCUAAUUUUAUAUCAUUCUUUUAUUUGCAGAAGCUAACAUAAGCUUACAUUCAUGAUGCAAAAGGGGUUAAGGCUUAAUUAUUUCAUAGCCUUCUUACAUUAGGUUAUUUGAAUCCACAAUCUUUUCUUUAAAACACUCCUGUUAUGAAGUCAACCUGACAAAGAUGACGAGGCUUGAUGAAAAGUUUCGGCUUCUAAAAUCAUCUUAUAAAAUGUAUUUUUUAACAAAUGUCUUUGUUAGUAUUAAAAAAUCAGGAAAGUUUAAUAAUCUUAAGUUUUGUAACAGGAUAAUAUUCAUUAGAAUUUCAAACUUUGUAUCCAGAGUUUCAAGAACAAGUUUUUUGUCCCUACCCACCUCUAGCAGCUUAUAUCAUCUGCUAAUAUAUAUAUAAAUAUUACAUAUCCACACCUACAAAACGACUAAAAGUCAAAAUAAAUUUCUAGAGAAUGAAGAAGGGGUGUUCUCACAUUGUUCUCACAACUGAUUGCAUUAUAGGAAUCUAACUUCUUUAAGUAGACAGUUGGUUUUGUACACUUGUCUACGUAAUUUUCUGACACUCUAUUUUUAAAGCAGUUUGACAUAUUUAGAAAUUAAGCCUUUCCUUUUACCAGGUUCAGUUAAAUUAGAAGCUUAUUCUUUAGUAUUGGAAAUACCAUGAAUUCUUACAUUUAUGAAUAUUUACAGUAAAGUAAAACUAAGGACACUAAUCAAGGCGUGAGGCAUUUGCAAAGAACUUUCAUGGUUGGUCGGAAUUUAUGUUCAUAAACAGAUUGCUGGUAUUAUGCUUUUAUCGACUAGUGUUUCAAAUGGAUUGCAGAAAAAAUUAGAGCUUAUUUCUCUUGCAGUUGAAUUUUUGUAGAGAACAGAAUAACCUUAGAUUUAAGAAUCAUUUGCUAACCAAAUCACGAAAAUUUUAGAUGAACAAAUGAUUGUAAGAUAAAACUGUUACUGCUGCAUAAGCUACACUUCAGAAUUAGCCCCAGUGUUGCAGUUUCUGCAGUUUCACAAUUCAAUUUAGCGCUCAAACUUGCUGGCCUAGCUUAUCUACGAGGCAUGUAGCAGCACUCUGGACUAAUGAUGAAAUUUUCGUAAUGGUGGGAAAAGAAAAGAGAAAACAUCGGUUUCAUACUGCAAAAUCUUUAUAGCUUAAACAAUAUCAUCAAUUUUCUUAGAUCUGAGGCCUUAUUGUUUCUUAUUGUUGUUUCUUAUUUCUUAUUUUUCAUUUAUACAGCGCUUGUAAUUUCUUGUUAAUCAGCAUCUUACGUUUAAUGCUUCAUGUAAAUUUGUUCUUUCAUUUACCAAAAUACAUAUUGCAUGGCAUGAAUGUAUUAAUGUAGUUUUAAAGCAUUUGAUUUGCAAUUAUAGCUGGUUUUUAAGUUUGUUUCGAGAAA